AUGACAUUAAAUCAAGAAAUAGACUGUUCAACUUAUACUUCGUGUGGGGAAUGUACGAGUCACUUAGAAUGUGGAUACUGUGUCGCGACGGGUGAAUGCGUACAAGGAUCUUGGGACGCGCCAUUUAAAAAUCGAUUAAUUUGUGGUAAAAAUAGAUGGGAAUAUGAAUAUGCGCAAUUAACACACCAACAGGCACUUAUAUCUAUAACAUCAGCUUUAUUUGACGAGGAGAGAUCUCCACUAUUACUAGGCGAUUCAAUUGCCACAAACCAUUUCAGACGUGCAUCAUUCUAUAAUUAUAAUCGUAAUAGACCGUUUGAACGUAGAACUAGAACAGUGAGCAUUGGCACGGCAAAUAAUAUUUCAAAUUAUGGUAGAAAUUGGCGUAACAGUACGACAGAUGAUUAUUUGUAUGGUGGCUAUGGUUAUAAUUAUGGUGGCUACGGAAAUCUUAGUGUUGGUUAUGGUACUAACGGUGCUGGUUAUGCUGGCCAUGCAAACACUUCUGUUGUAUGGGUCAAUAAUGAUACUCCAGAUGUAUCUCCACCAACUUCAUCCACCACUAACAAUUCAAACACUCACAGCAAUAACAAUAAUGGUUCUCACCACACUAAUGAUUUUCUUCCGAAUAAUGGGUUUGGAAAUAUGGAAUGGAGACGAUGGGAGAAAAAACGUGAAGAAUUAUUAUCUAAAUAUGCCAAAAGUAUUAACGAAUAG